AUGGUCACUACUGUGAAGAACGCGCCACGUGGCGCGACACCCGCUCCGCGCCAGUCUCUCACUGUCGUCGACAACCGCACCGGAAAGUCUUACGAGCUGCCCAUCACUCACAACUCCGUCCAGGCUACGGAUAUCAAGAAGAUCAAGGCCGCGAGAGGCAACGACCGCGCCGAGGAUGAGACGGACCAGGGUCUCCGCGUGUACGACCCGGCCUACAUGAACACCGCCGUCGUGCAGAGCAACAUCACAUACAUCAACGGCCAGGAUGGAAUCCUCCGGUACCGCGGGUACCCUAUCCAGCAGCUGGUGAACAAGUCGCACUUCCUCGAGAGCGCGUUCCUCCUCAUCUACGGCGAGCUGCCGACGUCGACGCAGUACAACAAGUGGCAGGAUGAGAUCAUGCACCACACCUACAUCCACAGCGACAUCGAGGGCAUGUUCAAGUCCUUCCGUUACGACACGCACCCCAUGGCCAUGCUUCAGUCCUCCUUCUCCGCCCUGGGUGCCUUCGCGCCCGAGUCCAACCCCAGCUUGCAGGGUCAGAAGCUCUACACCAACGCCGCGUCCGGCGACCCGGAGGCCCUCAAGAUGCUCGACAAGCAGAUCCUCCGCAUCAUCGGCAAGGCUCCCACCCUCGCGGCCGCUUCCUACCGCAUGCGCCAGGGCAGACCGUUCAACCGCCCCGCCCAGGGCCUCAGCUACACCGGCAACUUCCUCUACCUCCUCGACCACCUCAGCGGCCACGAGUACCAGCCCCACCCGGUCCUCGAGAAGGCCCUGGACGCGCUCUUCAUCAUCCACGCCGACCACGAGGUGAACUGCUCCACGGCGACCGUUCUCCAGGUCGGCUCCAGUCUCGUCGACCCGUACAGCGUCGUCUCCGCGGGCUGCGCCGCGCUCUACGGCCCCAGCCACGGCGGCGCCAGCGAGAGCGCCAUCCGCAUGCUGAUGGAGAUCGGCAGCCCCGAGAACGUGCCCGCCUUCAUGGCCAAGGUCGAGAAGCGCGAGCGCGUGCUGGUUGGCUUCGGCCACCGCGUGUACAAGAACGUCGACCCGCGCUCGACGGCCAUCCGCCAGCUGGCCGAGGAGGUCUUCGCCGUCACGGGCCGCAACCAGCUCCUGGACACGGCGCUCGAGCUCGCAAAGUACGCGCGCGAGAGCGAGUUCAUGAAGAAGCGCAACCUGUACCCCAACGUCGACUUCUACUCCGGCCUCAUCUACCAGGCCAUGGGCUUCCCGCUCGACUUCUACCCGGUGCUGUUCGCCGUGCCGCGCUGCGUGGGCUGGCUGGCGCACUGGAGGCAGCAGAUGCUGCAGAAGGGCGGCGUCAAGAUCUGGCGCCCGAGGCAGCUGUACAUUGGCGAGGGAGAGCGGAACUACGUCGACGCCGCGCAGAGGAAGGAGAGGGAGAAUAAGUCCGUGUUUGACGAGCCGGUGCAGGUCAGCCACGGCGGAGACAGCAAGCGUAACGAGCUUGCGACGUACAAGGAUGAGAUGGGUCAGCCUUGGAGGGGUCGCGCGAAGCUCUGA